AUGUUUAGAAGAUCAAGAAGAAUUACAGCUGGCCGAAGGAAUUUUGAUAAUAGCUAUAAUAUAUUAUUAAAUAAUAAGGAUAAAAGUUUGGAACUAAAUUAUAAAGAAAGCACGUUAACAUUUUAUGAGUAUCCCCCAUUGAAUGAGAUAACGAUUGAGGAAUUUGAGUCGUGGUCGAUUGAUAGGUUGAAAUUGUUGGUUGAAAUUGAGCUAUGUUUAAGCAAAAACCAGAAUAUUAAAGAGAUUGAGAUGAACAUUAAACCGUUAUUGGUGAAGUUAUUUCCAUUGAGUAAGGUGAAUGCAAAUCCAAAUAAAAAUAAGAUUAUUUUGGAGAGAAGAAAAGAUUUAUAUUCGCAUUUUAUCUUGAGGAUAGCAUUUUGCAGGUCAAAGGAAUUGAGAGAGAGAUUUAUUCGAAGCGAAACUACGUUAUUUAAAAUUCGGUAUAAUUUAUUGACGCAAAUUGAAAAAGAGGAAUUUGUGAAGAAAUUGAAGUUGAAUUGGGAGUUUAUAAGUAAAGAAGAGAAGAUGAGAUUACGAGAAUUACUAGUGAAUGCUUCGUACCAUGAUAACAGUAAUAAUAAUAAUAAUAAUAAUAAUAAUAAUGGUGUUGGUAAUGAUAAUAAGACAUUAGUUGAGAGUUAUUUCAUGAAAGAGGUUUUUAUUAAGUUACCAUUUGAGGAAGUUAUUGAUUUGAUUCCAACGAGAAGUAUAUUGAUUAAAGAUGGAUUUGGGUAUGUUCCACAAAUAUUGCAGUUGUCAUUAUUGACAUCCGAAUUCAGUAGAAAACUUGAAGAAAGUUUAUUAAGAACGUUACAUGUGUUACCUAGAUUAGAUGAGGAUGAUAGAUUGUUGCCUAUAUUGAAUCAUUUAUCUAGUGGAUAUUCAUCCAAUGAGUAUCAGCCUUCAUUUGGAGAGGGUGGGAAUAAUGGGAAUGAGAAUGGAGAUAUUAAUAGCGAUAAUGUUUUGUCAAAGGACAUUUUAAAGCAUUUCCCACCGGAGAUGAAGUAUUUGAUCAAUACAUUGGUUAAGAACAGCCAUUUGAGAUAUAUUGGGAGACAACAACUCUGUUUAUUUUUGAAAGGAAUUGGUUUGAGUUGCGAAGAAAAUUUGAAGUUUUUCAUGAAACAAUUUACAAAGAAUAACAAGAUGAGUGUUGAGAAAUUCAAUAAAGAGUACAGGUAUAAUAUCCGGCAUAUGUAUGGGCUAGAAGGGAGCCGAAUCAAUUAUAAGCCAUGGGAUUACAGAACAAUACUCUCGAAGCCCAGGCCAGCAAAAGGAGAGUACCAUGGUUGCUUAUUGCGAGAUUUGUCGAAUGAGCUGAUAGUAGAGUUUCUCAAGCGAGAGUAUGAAAUAGUGGACCAACACGACUUGACAGCGAUAUUGGAUCAUUGCCAAAGAUCCGAAUAUAUGUUGGGGAUCACCAAGAUCUUUGAGAUCACACAUAAACAGCAGUUGGUGAGUAUGAAAGGGAAAUUUGAAGAGAGCAUUAUCAGCCAUCCCAACUUGUACUUUGAUAGGUCCAGGCAGCUAGAAAAGAUGCUGGGAAAAGAAUGA